GACCACCACGAUCUCCGAAUCGCUCGGACUCCACACUCACUAUCGUACCCGCUUAUACGUUGAAACGAAAAACGAAAACGAAAAUCCACGUCGAAUUAUACGCCGAAAUUUCACAGUUUAUGAAAAUAGUUAUGGCAUAUGUCGAAACGUUAUCUUAGUUAUAGGAAUUAGGUAAUUACCUAUUUAGAGAGAAAAAAUCCGAGGAAUUUUUUCCGCAACUCCGGGCCGGGCCCGCGGCAGAGGAUGUCAUCCUCGACAUCAUCAUCAUUAUCCUCCCAAUCGCCAAGGCCGCCGUUGCAAGAAAGGUCGGAAGCAGAAAAGAAUAAGCUGCAAAUUCGCAUCGUCCCUUACUCACCUCCGAGGCCAGGAGAUGGCGAAGAUAGUAGCAAGUCUCACGCGCAAGAUCAAGAAACUGGAGAUGUUCAGAAUAACCCGAGCACAGCCAAUGACCGAGAAGUUAUUACGACGCCACAGAGGAGGAGAGCCACGAGUUACGGGACAGAUGAGUAUGGCGCAGAAUCUCAGUCUUCAUCUCCGGUAUUUUCGACACCAGCCUCGCCAUUGGAGAGAAUCAAGGGCAAAGGUGUUUCAGGGACGAAACUCGCUUCUGACUCGUCUGGCCUUGGGCGCACUGCCCCACCAUCCCCUGUCGAUAGAAGCUAUAGUAGGUCUGUUAAUGUCCAGCCCGAGCCAUCGUCGUCGCGCCACGAUGACAGAUCAGCUUCGUCGACGUGGAAACGGCCGUCGUCGAGAAGAGAAACUUUCAUCAACGUCCACGCCGAUAAGACUUUCUCAGUUGUGCUCAAGUCGACGCGUCAGCGGCAGUCCGACAGGUCGGAAUCUACGAAUGCGACAUCUAUUCACCCCUCCAAUACCUCCAUUGUCAGCUCGCAUGAAGAAAGCUCAUUUGUCGCAUCUACCGAAGAUCGUCACGGCUCCCCAUUAAGUUCCGUACCCGAGCGUAGCGUCUCGCCUUACACAUCAAUUGCACCAUCGACAGCCACAGCGGUACCUGAAGACCAAGACACCGAAUCUUCUUCGCCCUGGAAUUAUCGCAUGGUUGGUGGCUUACGCAAAGUCCCCAAAACUCCUGAUAUUAAGGGUAAAGGCAAGGCAAGGGAACUCUCCGAGUCACCACUACCAUCACUACCACCGUUACCAAGAACAAUUGUCACGCCACCGCAACAACCAUCUUCUCCUCUCGCUGCAAAACCAUCUUUCGCCUCCGUACAAACUGAUUCGACCAUCGAAGAAACGACAAAUUAUAAAAUUAUUGGUCGUAGCUCUCCGCCUUUACCUGAUACAGAAAGCUUCGAGGAGUCACCCUCAUCAAGUAGCUCAAACAUCAAACUUCUUGGUCAAUCAUCUCCCGCGCAGACCGUUGCCUCGUCUGCCGCUGCUCCGGGAUACGCCGACACACCGGGAAGCAAGAAUUAUAUUGUUUACGGCGAUACUUCUCCGCUUUCCUCAUCUGCUACUCCUUUCCGAGGUCACUACUACCAUUCUUCCGACGAGAGCUCCAUUCGACAGCUACGGGAGAAAUACUCACAAGAAAGUCUCGUUGUACCUCCCCUUCGACCUCAUAAAAGAUCGUCAUCCGAGGAUCUAGGCUACCAUAAACUUUCAUCGAAAGAGAACCUUCGAGGACGCGCGAAUUCAUUCUCGUCUCUUUCCAGCAUUGUCAGCCAGGAUACCGCGUCUCUUUUCGGCGGUAACACCCCGAACGUUGUUCGCUUGGCCCACACACCUUCCACUUCAUCUAUUCCACGAUCUACAUGGGUAGGAACAGCAAGCAUUCCACAACAACCACGGGUACGGAUGGAUAUACAUCAAUGGAGCUCACAGCUCUCGACUGUGAUGUCCGAGUACGAAGGUAGCGAUCCCGGUUCUCAACUAGCUUCCCAAUCGGGUUCCCAUCCGGGCUCCCGUAUCGCCUCCAUCGGUUCAAUUCCGGAGCGAGUUAGUAGUGCUUUUGGGAGCAGAGACAGCAGACAUAUGCGAAGCAUAUCGUCGUCCCUAGGCCUAGAGAAUAUCGAUGUACGAAGAUCACACUCGAGAUCCCAUUCUAGAUCGAAUUCCCAAGGCGAUUCCGUGGAGCGUCCCGGACCUGCGUAUGCGAGGAAUGGACAACCCAGUCCUCUCAUCCGUACCGUUCGAGAUCACGACGAACACGGUGAUGGAUUGGCGGAUCUCCAUCAAUUGGACCACAAGCCAUCCCGAACUCGCCUAGGCUUCUCUAGACAAGCCUCAGAUCGGAGUCUCCGUUCAUCGGGUAGCUCCCGCGCCGGAAGCUUGACAGCAUCUUCUCUACCGACUUGGGCAAGGCUUUAUUAUGGUAGCGGGGAGAGGCGUUGGCUCGCACCCGCUUCCAUCAGAUCUAUGUCCGACGCAGGCGAUAGUUACCCGUCUAGCCCCUGGAUUGGUGGUGGUGGUUCUCCAGCUCACGACCAGACUAUUUACAACCCUCGUCGAAGACCCAUGGAUAUUGACCUCCGUGGCCAGCGACGGGGUUCGAUGGACAUCGAACCCGUUGGCGAGACUGGCGAUAUCCGCCUGGCCCCUAGAAAGAAGACUUCGAGUAUCUGGUCACCUCACCUUCGCCUGGACACACGAGCUAGUGGCUUCAGCGCAUGGAAUGCCCCAUCCGUCACUUGGUCUGCUGACAGUGGUGUAUUUGGGAGACGCAACAUUCAGGUACUCCUGUUUGUGGCGGGAUUUUUAUUCCCAUUUGCAUGGAUGAUUGCGGCAUUCCUGCCGCUACCUCCGAAACCAACGCUCGCCAUGGACGAGCGAGAUCGAAGCACGACGGAGUUUGCUUCCGAAUCAGGGGAGCCUCCACGAGGACAACAUGUUCUCAUCGACGAUUCACGAUACCAGAGCGCGAGAUGGUGGAGAAAUGUGAACCGAUUUAUGGCCGUCGCCGGACUGUUAAUCCUUGGAGCAGUUGCUGCUCUUAUAGUAAUAGGCGUUCGACAGAAAUGGGCACAAUAAUGACGACGAUAAUGGCGACGAAGACGCUCCCGCGCGCAACCCCCGAACACACGACAUAACAACAUUUCUAUUUUCACCUUCUCAACGACGACUGUACGAUUU